GGCGGGGCCAGGCAGGGGCCGUUUCCGUCCCGCGGCUGCAGGGGUCUCGGCGUCCGGAGGAGGAAGAUGGCGUCGCGGAGGGUCCGGACCGGGCUGCGCGAGCUCCGGCCGCCGCCGCCGCUGCCGCUGCUGCUGCUGCUGCUGCUGCUCCUCGGGGCGUGGCCGGCGGCGGGCCACGGCGGCAAGUACUCGCGGGAGAAGAAUGAGCCCGAGCCGCCCUCGAAGCGCGAGCCCGGGGGGGAGUUCCGCAUGGAGAAGCUGAACCAGCUGUGGGAGAAGGCCCAGCGGCUCGGUCUUCCUCCUUUGAAGCUGUCCGAGCUCCACGCUGAUCUGAAGAUACAAGAACGGGACGAGUUCAAGUGGAAGAAGUUGAAGGCUGAAGGCUUGGAUGAAGAUGGGGAAAAAGAGGCAAAGCUUGUCCGCAGUCUCAACGUCAUCCUGGCCAAGUACGGUCUGGACGGGAGGAAGGAUGCCCGGGCUGUGAGCAGCAACUACAUCAGCCAUGGCCCCGCCGACGACAGCCUGGAGGACCCCCGACUGGAGAAGCUGUGGCACAAGGCUAAGACCUCCGGGAAGUUCUCCAGCGAAGAACUGGACAAGCUGUGGCGGGAGUUCCAGCAUCACAAGGAGAAGGUCCAGGAGUACAAUGUGCUGCUGGACACCCUGAGCAGGACCGAAGAAAUCCACGAAAACGUGAUCAGUCCCGUGGACGUGAGCCGCGUGAAGGAGGAUGCGCUGCAGAGCAGACACGCAGAGCUGAAGGACAAGCUGCGGGGCAUCAGCCAGGGCUUCGACCGCCUGCGGAGGGUCAGCCACCAGGGCUACGGCGGCCAGGCCGAGUUCGAGGAGCCCCGGGUGCUGGACCUGUGGGACAUGGCACAGUCGGCCAACUUCACCGAGAAGGAGCUGGAGGCCUUUCGGGAAGAGCUGAAGCACUUUGAAGUCAAAAUGGAAAAGCAUCACCACUACCAGAAGCAGCUGGAGAUUUCUCAUCAAAAACUGAAGCACGUGGAGAGCUUUGGGGACCGGGAGCACGUGAGCCGGAACAAGGAGCGCUACGCCGUGCUGGCGGAGAAGGCCAAGGAGCUGGGCUACAAGGUAAAGAAGCACCUGCAGGACCUGACCAGCCGCGUCUCCAGGGCGCGCCACAACGAGCUCUGAGGCCCAGGACAGGAGGCACCAGCCGCCUGGGGUUCCUGAAGACGGGCCCGGGUGCUGGGGGUGCCUUGUCCACCAGCAGCACCUCAGGGAAGGUGUGAUGGGGACUGGCCACGAGGGGCCUGAGCGGGGAGGAUUUCCACAGACACCUCGGCCCGGGAGGAGGCGCUCCGAGAUCCCACCCAUCCCGUCCCUCAGCACAGAGGUUGCCACCUCUGUCGAGAUCGCGAUUCCCAGCUGCCCGUGGAGUGGCGGUCCCCUGUGCUACAAGGUCACAGUUUGCAUCGAAAUCUUAAAAAUCUGCCACUGGAAAUACUGUGUACAGAAAUCUUUCCAAAUAUAUUGCAGUAUUUAAUUAAACCUCGAGGUGGUUGAGGCGUUCCUGA